AUGCGAAACGGGUUCUACUACUCAUGUCUACUAACUAUUAUUCUUGUUGAAUGUUCCUUCGAUUAUAAACUAAGCGAGCGGGCGCUGGAAUUCGCCGCCUCCGCCUACUCACUUGACCCCCAGCCGUGUGUUCAGAAGAACAAUGCGACGGUGUUGUUCUCGAAAAAAGUGGAAUGUGAUUAUAUGAGGGAUGAGUGUUGGAGUGUGAUCGCCGCCGACAACGAUACGAUAUUCGUGAGUUUCAGUGGAACAAAAUCGAAAGAGCAAUUGGUAACUGAACUGAUUGAGAGUAUCGGAAAACCAAAGCACAAGGUAUUACGGGCAGAGAGAUUAGGUUACAGACGGUGUCUGACUACAUUCUGA